AUGGUCUCAGCCUUGAUUAUCGCACUCGGUUCCCGCGGAGACACUGAACCAUGUUUUGCUUUGGCGAAAUCAUUGAUUCAUUCCGGUAAUUUCCACCGUCUCGACAUAUGCAUUCAAGCAGAAUACAUGCAUUUAGUGCCUUCAGAUAACCGCAUUCACAUCCACCAGUUUUCGUUCAGUACGAAGAACUUCGCAAAGACGUACUACUACGAGUACUUCAAGGAUUCAUUCCUCAGCUUCUUUACCCGCAAUUUCGAUGCUUCUCGCCCAAGUCGUCGCUGCCUCGCUUCCAUCAUAAAGCAAUUCUUUGUACCAGAACUCCCUUUUUUGAAUGAAAUUGCCACCAAAGAAAACCCAUCAUUAUUAAUCGCCACAACCCUUGGUGGUCUCAUUGCUACUACCCUAGCCCAACAACUCAAUAUUCCUAUGUGGCUGAUUAACUUUCAGCCAACUACCCCGACCGCGGCGUACCCGUACUACAUGUCUGGCAAUAAAACGGCAGCUGUGGCAGGAAAGAAUGUUGUUCAAAUGUUUUCACACUUUGAUGAAACACCAGAGAACAGGCAGAACAUUGCAAGUUACGAAAUUCAACAAGAAGCACACAAGAACUCUCUUUCCUACAUCAACACAUAUCGCUCGACGUGUUGUCUGCCUUCUAUGGAUAUGUCUGAUGUGGAUGCUCUAUUUAGUGGUCGGCUUGAAAAUGUCUACGUCCUCAAUGCGUUCAGUCCUCAAUUGAUCCCAAGAAGCAUGGAUUGGACAGAACAUGUUCAUCAAGUUUCCGCCCUUGCAGCUGACUACAUUCCCUCAGGAUGGUCACCAGAGAAAAAGUGUCCAAAACUGAAAGAGUACCUCUCGACAGCAAAGCGGCCCAUCUGCGUUAGCUUCGGGUCUAUGAAUGUGGCUGAAAAGAAGACAAUCGUUACACGGGAACUUUUCAAGGCGCUUCGAGCUACCGGGAUUAAUCAAGUUGUCCUACUGAAGGGCAGCUGUGAUCUUGGGGCGCACAACCUGACAGCAAGCGACUCCGAGCUCAAGCGGUGGGCAGAUGAUCAUGUGUUUUUCUCAGAGGAACCGUCUCAACUAGCGUGGUUGUUGCCGCAGUGCUCUGGUCUAAUAUGCCAUGGGGGGGCCGGUACAACAUUUGCUGGAUUGCGAGCAGGGAUUCCGGUAAUUAUUGCCCCGCUUUUCUGCGAUCAGUUCUUUUGGGGUCACGUUGUUCAGGGCCGACAACUGGGAAGUGUUGCUGAACCAAAUUUGAGAGACGCUACAGCCGACGCAUACAAAACUGCUUUGAAGAAGGCUCUAAGUGAACAGACAAUUCACAGAGUAGAAAAGUAUUCGCAAAAGGAGAAAAAUGCUUGUGGAAGCGUGGCUGCGGCGGAACUAAUUGUUUCUUCCAUUCCAAGUACGUCGUAG